AUGUAUCAGGUAAAUACCUCGAGCAACGCGAAAAAUAAGCUCCUUAUCAACGUUAAUGUAAACAAUACUACGAUUCUGAUGGAAGUAGAUACCAGAGCUGAAAUUUCAGCUAUGUGUUUGGAAGAAUUUCGCCGAAAAUUCGGUAAUAUGAAGCUUGAACCAGCUGAUUGUUCGCUUCGUUUGUAUUUCAAAGAAGAAAGUUCACCACUAGGGUAUGUUACCUUAGAUAUCGAAUAUAAUGGUGUAAAAUCUCGCGGUAAAUUAUACAUACCUGAUACCCAAACAGCUGAUACGGUCAUUGGGCGAGAUUGGCUUACUUCAUUUGGUCUAAUUAAAGGAAAUUUGAUCCAUAUCAACAAUUUGGUCACGACUACGCUCAACAAAGAUAACGAUCCUUCAGCUCCUCAAAUAUUAGCUGAAUAUUCAGACGUUUUCGAUACUUCAUGCGGCGAGUUAAAAAGUCCACCAGCGAAUCUACAGUUAGUAAACGACAACGUAACUCCUGUUUGUUUAAAACCUGCACCUCUACCUUAUGCGCUCCGCGAUCCUGUCGAAAAAGAACUCAAAUCGAUGGAAGCUAAAGGUCAUGUUCGCCGAGUACAACAUCCUGAAUGGGGUACACCAAUAGUACCUGUAGUAAAAAACGGCGAUAUUCGUAUUUGCGGUAAUUACAAAUUAACUGUGAAUAAACAUCUAGCAGAGCACAAAUGGCCAAUUCCGAAACAAGAAGAUAUUCACGCUAAAAUGAGCGGUGGCAAGUAUUUAUGUAAAUUAGAUAUACAAAGAGCAUAUUUUCAUAAAUUGGUGAAUGCUGCGUCUGCUAAACUUCAAACUUUGAGUACCCAUAUUGGUUUUUUCGAAGUUCUACGGUUAAUGUUUGGUAUAAAACCAGCACCGAAUUUCUGGCAAGAAGACUUGGAUUUAUUGUUCGCUCAUCUCAAAGGGUUUGCAAUAUUUUUUGACGAUCUCAAAAUUCAAGGUAAAACUAUCAAAGAAGUUUUGAAACGUUUGAGAUUAGCUCUACAAAUAUGUCGCGAAAACGGAAUUAAAUUGAAUCGUGCAAAAUGUCAGUUUUUAAAAACGAGUAUCAAAUACUUGGGUUUUCGUUUAGAUGCUGAUGGUAUUCAUAAAACUAAAGAAGGCAUCGAAACUAUUAUGAAGGCAGUCGCUCCGAAAAAUAUAGACGAAUUACAGAGUCUCAUUGGUUUAAUCAAGUACUAUGGAAAAUUUUUUCCGAACCUGUCUACGAUUAUGCAACCGCUGAACGAAUUGACGCAGAAAAAUAAGUCGUUUCAUUGGUCAGCUGAGUGUGAAAAAACGCUGAAAAUUAUAAAGAAAGAAAUUUCCAGCGAUCGUUUUUUAACGCCAUACAAUCCGGAUUUACCAUUGGUCAUCUCAUCCGACGCAUCAUCGUAUGGUUUAGGAGCAGUCAUGUCUCACAUUAUUGACGGUGAGGAGAAACCGAUCAUGUUUGCAUCGCGAACGUUAUCUAAAGCAGAAAAAGGCUACAGUCAAAUAGACAAGGAAGUUGAUCAUCAACCAUUGACGCAAAUUUUACAUCCGUCAAAAACGUUACCUGCGUUAUCAGCAACCAGAAUGUUACAUUAUGAUUUGUUUAUCUCUGGUUUCAACUAUGAUAUUCGUUAUCGUCAUUCAAAAGCGAAUGCCAACGCCGACUUCUGUUCCAGAUUUCCGUUAUCUGCGCCUGAUACAGUCGACGAACGUGACGAAGAUAUUUUCGAUAUUCAUUUCAUCGAAUCUAUGAAUAAUUUGCCGGUAACAGUGAACGAGAUUCAAAAAGAAACGAUCAACGAUGAAGAACUCAGACCUAUUUUUAAGAAAGUUCAAAUUGGCGCUUCAUUGAAAAAUACAUCAUUUUCCCAUGUUGAAAAUCAAAUCAACAUUAUUAGAGGAUGUUUAGUCAAAGGUACAAGAACGAUCAUUCCAACAAAAUUGCAGUCAAAAGUUCUUCAAGAAUUGCACAGUGGUCAUUUUGGUAUUCAACGAAUGAAAUCACUUGCAAGAGAAUUUGUUUAUUGGCAGACAAUCAAUAGUGAUAUCGAAAAUUUAGUGAAAGCUUGUGAAACCAGUCAAAAAAAGCUUCUGAAUCCCAAAAAACGGCUCAUCAUUGGGAGUAUGGAUCAGUACCAUGGGUGCGAAUCCAUAUUGACUUCGGAGAACUUGAAGGUACCAAAUUUCUCGCAGUUGUUGACUCAUACAGUAAAUGGGUCGAAGUUGAGAAAGUUUCAUCAACGUCUGCUGAUAUUACAAUUAGUAAGCUGCGGCAAAUUUUUUCGAGAUUUGGCUUACCGAAGACACUCAUUUGUUGCUAGAUUCCUGCUCAGCUACCGAAGAACGCCUCAUACUACUACCGGAGUUAGUCCUGCUCAAUUGUUGCUGAAACGAAGCAUUCAUUCGAGAAUCAAUUUAGUUAAAGUUUCUAUCCACAAUGACGUUCAAGAUAAGCAGCACAACAAUUUGAAAAUCGAUCGUGACUAUCGCUUAUCCAGCCUACAACCUGGAGAUAAUGUACUACUUCGAAUGUACAAUCCUGAUCGUUGGGAACCAGGAUUCGUUAUAAAACGAGAAGGUCCAUUACGUUUUUUGUUAUGUUACCAUUACGGUACGCCAACACUGCAAAUUCGUUUGCGACCUAUACCCGAAGUGGAGAAAAUUUCACCGGAAGAAGAGGAGAGAGAUAACCAAGACGACGACGACGAUAAUUUGUUGGACUUGGCACCCUCUGCUCCAGCUUUGAAUGUGUCACCGGAGCCAACAGCUCAGGCACCAGAACAAAUACCCUUACGGCGAUCCAGCCGCAACGUUAAACGGCCUACUCGAUUGGAUUUAUAA